ACCAAGACAACGAGGGAGGGAAGACAGAGAAAGAGAGGGAGCGCAGGGCAAAGAGGGAAAAGGGAAGAGUUGUGGAGGAAAAGAAAUAUUUCUGUUUUUAAUACGGUUCUGAUUUAGAGGAGAUUUGGGGACUGUUUGUGACUUUUCUUCCUUUACUAUGGCCUGCCCAUCUACCUCCUCGAUUGGAUUCAUCUUCCUUCUGAUUGGCUACGUUGCUGCAGGACCUGAGCCUGACAUGCAGCCUCGAGCGGUGCGUUCCACUGCCUGUCAAGAGCACACGAGCCUUCACAACCGCCUGGAUGUCGUGGAGAAGAAAGUGGAGGACACAGUUGAGAAGUUGGAGGUUGAGCUGGCUGCGCUUCUGGAUACUAUUGAGGCUCCACAGUGGCGCCCCCUGUUGGACAACGGAGGAAAGACAAAAGUGGACAUCCUGGAGGAUCCAGGGCAAAGGUCUUAAACUAAUGGCAUCCAUGGAGGAGCAAAGAGCUUGUUGAACUCGGACUUUAAAGCAGUCAAUCUGUUUUUUUCCGCCCCUUUUCUUUUUUUUUUUUUUUUUUAAAAAUGUAAAUACUGUAUCUGUAAAUCAAAACAAAGUUUUCAUCUUAAAGGUCCUACAUUAUGUUUAUGCUUUCCCAGGUUCAUACAUGUAUUUUGGGUUUCUAAUGUUUACUAACGUGACAUGUUUACAUGCUGUUAUGUUCACAAGAAAAAAAUGGGAAGAGGGUGACAAUCAACUGAACUUGCAUUCAGUCAGCAAGAUUUUUUUACAGGAAAAUAACAAGAGAAUAAAAAAAGAAAAAAAUAGAA